ACGUAAUGACAUCACGCGGCCUGUCGAGAAAGCGGAAGAAGAGACAAAAACACCAGCGGUGCCGACAAACAGCACUCUCUGGGUUCGACCGCGAUUAACUGCCAGAAAAAAACACCCGGGCGUUUAAUACUAAACCUUAAACAAAGUGCCAAAAGUUUGUAUAGAUUUGAAAGAAAACUAGCUGUUGUUUAAACUGAGCAAAAUGUCGUUGUUUGGUAAAAUAUUCGGUGGCGGCAGUAAGGGUGGCAAAGCGGCGACUCCCCAGGAGGCUAUCCAGAAGCUCAGGGAAACCGAGGAGAUGUUGGCGAAAAAACAGGAUUUCUUGGAGAAGAAAAUUGAACAGGAACUCAUAACGGCGAAGAAGAACGGCACCAAAAACAAACGAGCGGCUCUCCAGGCCCUGAAGAGAAAAAAGCGGUACGAGAAGCAGCUGGCUCAGAUUGACGGGACCUUGUCCACCAUCGAGUUCCAGAGAGAGGCUUUGGAGAACGCCAACACUAACACAGAAGUGCUCAAAAAUAUGGGCUUUGCUGCUAAAGCCAUGAAGGCCGCGCACGAAAACAUGGACAUAGAUAAAGUAGACGAUCUCAUGGCAGAGAUCACAGAACAGCAGGAAGUGGCCCAGGAGAUCUCAGACGUCAUCUCCAGACCAGUGGGAUUCGGCGAAGAUUACGACGAGGAUGAGCUGUUGGCUGAGCUGGAGGAUCUGGAACAGGAGGAGCUGGACAAAAACCUAUUGGAAAUCAAAGGAACGGCAGAUGUUCCUCUGCCCAGCGUACCAUCCACUUCUCUUCCAUCCAAACCAGCCAAAAAGAAGCAAGAAGAAGACGAGGAUGACAUGGCAGACCUGGAGGCCUGGGCAACUAACUGAGCUCGCUCUCGCUGUGGGCCGGCAGCCCGCCCUCUUCUGCCAAUAUUUAGCUGUCAUGCUGCUUUCAGACACAGGGAGGAGAGCAGGAGGGGGGUGGGGGGCACGGUCCUGCUGAACUGCUGCUCUGUCUUAAAGCAUACAUCCAAAAUACAAUCCAUACCAAACACCUCUCGUUGUGCACGUUUGCUGAUUAGAACGAGGUGAACCCAGGCUUUAGAUCUCAAAUUGAUUUUCCUGACAGAAUCUCUUUGCUUUGGCUCUCCACUACCAGUACUUUUUUCUGCCUUUUUUUCCAAGCAAAGAGUAGAAUAUGGCAGGUUUUUUUUUUUUUAUCGGCCUGUGGUUAGUUUACAAAAAAAGAGAAAUGAGCACUUAGAUGCAUACCUCCAGGGAUGGGGUGCACAGAGGAGCAGGACAAGGCGAGGAAUCAAAGCCUCAUGCAUUCUCUAUCUCAACACAAAAAUGGACUAUCUGCAGAGAAACAACAACAUAGGACUUUGUUACUGAAAUGUUACAGAUUACAGAACAAGGAUGUUCUGGGGUCUUGAUUUGCUGUAAGAAGGACAAAUCUUGUAACAGAAGGACACGGGGUUCUCUCUACUUUUUCACUUUCAUCUUAUCACUCCAUCUUUCGGAUAAAUCUCUGGAUGUACUUAGUUAAUUUUCCAAUGCAAGUUUUGGGUGUGAAAUUUCUAUAAUAAAAUAAAAUAUGUUCCUACA